AUGGGACAUAAGGAGCAUGGAGGGACUUGGCACAUGGAAGCAGCUCAACUGGAUACGCAAAGGAAGAAGGGAGAAGCCAUCUUGAAGACCAGCUCGACCGUCCACUCGACCAACCGGUCGAGUUCCUCAACUCGACCGGCCAAGCUUCAACUCGAUCGAGCUGAGAAGUCAAAGUCAAACCCGAAAAAUGUUGCUUCCCCCUUGACUUCCUUUGACCCUAAACCUAAUCCUCUUGUAUUUAAAGGCUCUAAGCCACGAAAAAACACCAAGCUUUAG